ACCACCUUUCCCUUCCUCUCCCCUCCCCACCCCAAAUCGAGGCCAGCCAGGGGCACCGCCACCAUCACUUCACCGCCGCCGUCGACUUCACUCUCUCUCACUCCCAAACCAAGCUACCUUCCGCCCAUGGGCCCACCGCCGCGCCGCCGCCAACUCCUGCUGUCUCUCGCGCUGCUCGCCACCGCGGCCGCCUGCUGCGCGGCGGGGGCGGCGCCCAGGCUGUCGCCCAACUACUACCGCCGCAGCUGCCCGCGCGUGGAGCGGAUCGUGUCGGACGCCGUCGCCGCCAAGCAGCGCGCCAACCCGUCCACGGCGGCGGGCACGCUGCGGCUCUUCUUCCACGACUGCUUCGUCAACGGCUGCGACGCCUCGGUGCUGGUCUCGCCGCUCUCCUCCUCCGGCGCCGCGCCGGAGCGCGCCGCGGAGAUCAACCUCUCCCUGCCCGGGGACGCCUUCGACGCCGUGGCCCGCGCCAAGGCGGCGCUGGAGGCCGAGUGCCCGGGCGUCGUCUCCUGCGCCGACGCGCUGGCGCUGGCGGCGCGCGACCUCGUGGCCGCCCUGGGCGGGCCCCGGUUCCCCGUCGCGCUGGGCCGCCGCGACUCCCGCCGCUCCGACGCGCGCGACGUCGAGGGCAACCUGCCCCGCACCAACAUGUCGGCGCGAGCCAUGGUGCGCCUCUUCGCCCGCAAGGGCCUCUCGCCCCGGGAGAUGGUGGCGCUGGCCGGCGCCCACACCGUCGGCUUCUCCCACUGCGCCGAGUUCGCGCCCCGCAUCUACGGCUACCGGGGCGCCAGCCACGACCCGCGGCUCAACCCGGAGUUCGCGCGCGCGCUGCAGCGCUCCUGCGCGGGAUACCGCACCGACCCCACCGUCUCCAUCUUCAACGACAUCGUCACGCCCCGGGACUUCGACGAGACCUACUACAAGAACCUGCCCCACGGCCUCGGCCUGCUCGCCUCCGACGCCGCCAUCUGGGAGUACCCGCCCACCAGGGUCUUCGCCCAGCGCUACGCCGCCAACCGCACCGCCUUCUUCGAGGACUUCGCCGCCGCGAUGCAGAGGCUCGGCGCCGUCGGCGUCAAGACGGGGCGCCAGGGCGUCGUCAGGCGCCGCUGCGACGCGCUCGACUGAGUGUCGCGAUGCUUGUUGUGCCAUUGGGUCGGUCGAUCGUUGUAAGGCUUCGAAUUCGAUUACGGGAUAUGAGAGGCUCUUCUUUCUCUGUACUUGGAAAAUGGGGCGUGAGUGGUAACUAAAGUGAUGAACUGAGGGCAAGCUAAUUCUAAAUUGCAUGUCAAUUGCAAUAGGGUUACAUUAA